CGUACAAAGUCUUCUCUCUCCAAAACCCUAAACCUCAACUUGGGAAGCAGCGAAGUAGAAGUCCAGUGCGACAACUAGUAGGGGCUGUGUAUUCUGCGACCAUGGCUACUGUACCAGUUAAUCCUAAACCUUUCUUGAACAAUUUGACUGGAAAGCCUGUCAUGGUAAAACUCAAGUGGGGAAUGGAGUACAAAGGUUAUCUGGUCUCUGUGGAUUCAUACAUGAACUUGCAGUUGGCUAAUGCUGAAGAAUAUAUUGAUGGGCAGUUCACUGGAAGUCUUGGAGAGAUAUUGAUCAGAUGUAACAAUGUUCUCUAUCUUCGCGGCGUACCAGAGGAUGAAGAAAUAGAAGAAGCUGAUCAAGACUAGAACAUGGAUUUCGGAGUCCGCCUAAGCAAGGCCCUCCAAGCACAAUCCUAGUUUCUGUUUUACUUUGUUUCUAUUAAUCCUCGGAGUUUCGGCUUGUAUUUGUAUAAUUUCUAGAAGUAUCGUGACUUAAUUGAUGCACUUGCUGCCUCCGACUUGUAGUAGGCCCUGACCCACUAUCAUUUCAUGUUACAGUUCAAGGAGGAUGGUUGGUUGCUUUAUUUUGAGAAACCUUUCAUUAUGUCCUACAAAGCCUUCUGACUUUGACAGAGUUUGCCUUCAAUAGGCCUAAUUCUCC